AUGUCACUGAUCAAGUUCCAUGAUUUCUACGGCGUGUGGUCAAAAACCGUAACCGAAACCUGCCUCCCUCUCUUUUCCUCCGCCGAUCCCGCCUCCGAACUCUCUACAAGGAUAACAUUCAUCCUCUGCAGCUUACAAUGGUACUACGAAACCCUAAAUGCCUACGCCAAGGAAGAUUCCAAAACCAUUACCAACCUCCUCUUCCCUUCCUGGCGCGACUCGCUCGAGAAGCCGAUUCUCUUCCUCGGCGACAUCCAUCCUUUUCUACUCACAAAUAUCCUCCGAUCUCUCAUCAAUCGAGUGAAUCAAGACGCCGGCAAAAAUCCGGCUACGAGUGAAGAUCCAUACGUCGAGCUGUUGAAGAAAACAGAGGAAUUAGAGGGUGAGAUCGAGAGCAGCGUCUCUCAUCUACUGGAUCGGAUGAGCAAAGCACAGAUCCGUUACGCAGCUCGGUUCUCGGAUAAUUGGGUCUCGUCGUAUGAUUCUUCUCAGUGGAGAACGGUUAUGGAGAUGACGGCAGCUUCAAUGGCCAAGGAAGAGAUCAUGAAGGAGCUCGUGGGCAUCUUUGUUGAUGCGAAUCUCUUGAGGAUGAAACUGAUCAAGGACAUUGUUGACGCUACAAGCGGUCAGAUUCUGAUGCUAGCUUCUCUGUUUCUUGAAAGUGUAUGCAGAAUCUUUUAUGGGUUCAAAGAUCAGGGUCAAGAAUUUCACUACUCUCUAUCUGCUUCUCCACUCAUGAACCAUCAUCAUGCAUCUGAACCGGCUUUACCAACGUGCCAAACUUUUCCGGUCAAGAACCAGCAGCCUACAGUUGUACCGGUUCACUUUCAUUCUCAGCCGGUUCCACCACCUUACCAAACUUUUCCGGUCAUGAAACAUACGCCUACAGCUGUACCGGCUCACUUUCAUUCUCGGCCGGUUCCACCAACGUACCACACUUAUCCGGUCAUGAACCAGCACCCUACAGCUGUACCGGCUCACUUUCAUUCUCGGCCGGUUCCACCACCUUACCAAACUAAUCCGGUCAUGAACCAACAGCCUAUAGCUGUACCGGCUCACUUUCAUUCUCGGCCGGUUCAACCACCUUACCAAACUUCUCCGGUCAAGAACCAGCAACAUACAGCUGUACCGGCUCACUUUCAUUCUCGGCUGGUUCCACGACCUCACCAAACUUAUCCGGUCACGAACCAGCAGCCUAGACCUGCUGGGAACCAAGCUCCAGAGAUAAACAACAAUGCCCCAAUCCCGGAAUACACUAUAUACGUUGGGGAUUUGAACUACCAAGUUAAAGCUUUUGAGCUAGGAGAGAAGUUCAGAGAGCGUUAUCCAUCGGUUAAGGCUGCAAAGGUUAAGUUUUCAAGGGACUCAAGACGUACCAGAGGAUAUGGCUUCGUUAGCUUCUCGGAUGUAAAUGAGCAACGUCGUGCUAUGACGGAGAUGAAUGGUCAACUUUGUCACGACAAGCCUAUGAGAAUCGGUCCUGUAAAAAGAAUCCCUAGGCCAAGAGCCUCUUUUUUUUUUUGUAAAGGAUUAAGUUUUCUUAUAGCUUUGAAACUGUAA